GUAAUGGGAGAUGCUGAGAUGGUGGUAUUUAUGAUGCAGCCUUCCUGUCUUAAAUAUUAUUUAGAGGCUUUAGCAACUCACGUUAAACCUGGCACCAUUAUAGUUGGCUUACCGGGGAACAGUGAGUUUCACUUUCAAGUUCGUCACGCGCUCGGGAGGAAAGCGCAGCAAUGCACCACCAUGAAUUUUGAGUCAUUACCUUGGACGUGUCGUACUACUGAAUUUGGAGUUAAAUGUGAGGUGACUCGUAUCAUCGACACACUGCCGGGGAAUAUCAAGGUAGGCCUAAUGUCGCUUAACGAGAACUGACUAUUACCUCUUAAACUCAUUAAUUAUUCAUGAAGACGAAACAAAGGAAAUCACUACCGUAACAGUGGUUUGGAUAUCGGAUCUUAAGUACAAUAAAAUUUUGAGAACUUUAGCUUUGAAUUUCUUCAUGAAUAAUUAAUUGUUUGAGAAGGUAUAUCAAACACUCCACUCAGUGUUCCAUCCGAUAUCCAGACACCUCGAAUUCGGGCUUAAAAAAUGAGUGGAGGACAAUUUGGUCUGAAAUCAUACGCGUGACUUUAAAAGUGGACGAGCGAAGAAAUCACAAGAGUAUGAUUUCAGACCAAAAUUGCACGUCGCGAAACUCAAUUACCACUUUAUUACAGCCAUUUUGAAAUCGCAGAAUUCAGUCAGUACCAAUAUUUGUUUGACCAAAUAGCCGGUUUGUUGAAAGCUUAACAAAAAGGCUUUUACAUCUCAUUAUGUACCCGAAGCAGAAGUGGUGCAAUAUCGAGCAAAAAUGGUGCGAUUUAAAACAGAAAUGAGGUGCUUUAGAACAUGAGUGGCGCGAUUUAGAAAAGAGGUGAUUUAGACCAAAAAAUAGUGUGAUUCGUGAACAAAUCACAUUGCUGAGAGCCAAUCAAAUUGCGAAAAUCACCAGUGAUUUCAAAAGGGAUAUAUUUGGACUAUCCUUUCGGACUAUUUGAACUAUCUGUUUUAAUACGUUCUUUUUUUCAUGUGGAGUCACUAUAAACUAGCUGGAAUUAAGAGAAGCUGACCACUUUCACUAUUUACAAAGCUUAGCCCUUGACUCAUUCUAUACUUUUUUCACUUAAAAAUAAUCCAAAUUCUCAGUGAAUUAUCACAUUUGAAGUAUAUCGUUUGAGUAAGGCGUUUUAAAAAAAAACUGCAUGAUUGUCCCAGCUUCAUUCACAAGCGAUUGUUGUUUUAAUGCAGACAAAGCCAAGAGAGAAUUCCGCCUGUGCACGUUUUUCAGGCAUUCUAGCGAGUAACGUACCGUUACUAAAGGUCCUAAGUGUAAUAACUUUUGGCCCUAAAUGUAAUAAAGGUCCUAAGUGUAAUAACUUUUGACCCUAAAUGUAAUAAAAGUCCUAAGUAUAAUUCUUUCAGCUCUUUAUAUACUUAGGGUCAUAAGAAGAUUUCAUAGCGUUUGCUUUUAGCCUUAUUACAGGUUAACUGAGCGCCAGAAUGUGUCUAGGGAAUAUCAAACACUAAAUACCCCAGACAGAUCCCCUAUAUAGCCAUUUGAGAAACAACUUAUUAUUCAGCUAUUGAUAUCAUUAUCACUGUUAUUUUUAUUAUCAUUAUUAACUGAAAAGAGUGUUUAAUCGAAGUGAAUUGUAAAUAGUCCUUUGACCGAAUAGUAAUUAAUUGUAAAUAGGUUUUAAUAGUUAGCAUUGUUAUCAAUAAUACUUCUUUAACGACAACUUGAAAACAGAGGUCCAUGAUAUGAAGCAAAUUUUUUUAAGGACUCUUUAAUGUCAAAAAAGGACCGAAGUAUCUUAAAACUUAUGUAACAAAACAAAAAACCUCGUUUAUUAUAGCAAAUUUUCUCAAGAAACUGUAACUUCAUCCACUGGAUUGAACUAAAAAAUCUGUUUCAUAGGCAAAGGCAGCCUGUAGUGUAACUAUAAAGAUACACUGCCCUUAAUAUCUUGCUGUUUAUAUAUAACUUCGUGUUCACAGCAUUCUGUAUGGACCGACCGACAUACUCUUUUGGAAAAUGAUAAAUAAAAAACAUUUCUUUUUUUGGCGCAACAUUAAAAAACCCCAUAGGCAAAAGUAUUUAAUUUACUACGAUUGUUUCUAAUGAACAUUAAUACUUCCUUCAAUUACUAAAUUACUACUGUGUUUUGAAAAUUUUUGUGUAGUUCCAUUUGUUUAUAACUCGCGUUUCACGAUGUAGGGAUGUAGCAGGAAACACGAUCGAGACGUAGUUAAUUUAUAAGUGUUUCUCCUACUUCUUGAGCGCUCUAGCCGCUUUCUAAGUUAAUGAAUAUCUAUGAAGACUACAAUAGGGAGAAGAAAGUGAAUCGCCAGCUGGCUAUAACACUAAUAUAUCGCAUCAGACCGUCGCAUGUUUCAGUCAGGGACCUUAUCAAGUUUGGGGCUGUUAUACUACAUACAUGUAUACUGUUAAGACUUCCGUUAUAUUUAGGGCUAAAACCUAUUACACAUAUAAUUAGACCCUUUAUUACAUUUAGGGCCCAAAGUUAUUACAUUUAGGGCCAAAAAUUAUUACACUUAGGACCUUUAUUACAUUUAGGGUCAUUUAUUACAUUUGAGGCCUCAACACAGUUAGAUAUUUGCAAUAGCAACAACCGUCUACUUAUAGUCUUUCUCGUCAAAUAUGACAAACAUGAGCACUAAAAUAUUCUUACAUGUUAAAUGAAUAAAAAUGACUAAAAAUAAAUCAGAAUUAAAUGUUCGAGGGCUUAAACAAAUGAGUUUAGCUCAAACCAGGAUCAUUAAAAACAUUUUUUUAAAUGACUCACAACAUCAGUUCAGUUACUGCAGUGUAUGAUGCUAAUUUAAGGAGGCAUAAAGGAAAAAAUAAACAAAACAAAUAUCAACGAAGCACAGCUUUGAGCGGUAACUUGAAGACCGUGACCGAAGACACUUUCAAUUUCAUUCAUGGUGGACUCGGCAUUAAACCUGGGCUGUAAGUAGAGACUGAUAUACUCUAAUGGAGCUAUGUCAUGAUAUUUGCUCUCUUUUUGAAAAAGGCUAAAGCGUGUCUUCGCAUCAAUUGAAAUCGAAAAAUAAAGGUACACUUUUGUUAUUUAAUUGUUUCCUGCCGUCUGUUGCUACUGAUGACAAGGAUGGGUAGGGAUUGAAACUUGAAAGGGCUGGGCCAAAUCUUUCAAGUUUUUAAUGCUGUGCCUGCAAAACUCACCAAAAAUGGUUUUUGCUCUCUGAUUGAAAUUAAAUUGUUUGAGAUCUUCUUCAUAACUAUUCAAUAGCAUUUUGUUAUAAAAGUACAGAGUACAAAUAAAACCAUAGCAGAGAGGUGUUCAUUCUUUGAGGUUCAAAAUGUGCAUGAUAUAUAUGCAUUUUUUAUGUUUUACCAGAGAGGAGACGUCACUCCAAAGAAGGACCCAGUUUCCACCCUGCAGUAUCUUCUGGGACCCCUCCCUAAACUGGCCGUACAGUUCAUCGGCUAAGGCCGUUUAUGCAACCCAAACAGUAUUAUUUGUGAACUUGACAUAAAGUGAUUUAAAAUCUAAAGAAAAAUAAUACCAGGAGUAUAUACACACAUAGCUCAAGCUUUACGUUUGUAGUUAAAAUAAUAACAAAGGACAAUAAAAUUUAGCCCCGCAGUAAAUUCUUAACUUUUGAUCGCAUCGUAACAUGAGUUAAAAUUUGCCCAAAUAUUUCGAUCGCAGCUGUAGUGACUUUCUUUAGUGGGAAGCUUGCAAUGAUUAAAAGGAGGCGACACGUGGCAUGACUUUUUGAGGUGAGUUAACAAGUUAAAGUGGCCUCAACGACUUACAACGUAUCGUCACCAACUUCGUAUUGCGAUUAAGAUUUAGACGUGCAAUGAAUUUCGUCCAACAGAUAAGUUUUCGUAAAAUGAAGAUAAAGUUUGAUUAGCCAAUGAAAAAGCAGUCUUAUUUAAACAUGCUUUUUAUUCCCAUAUUACAUCUACGUCCCAUAAAAGCAGUAA